GGUUUUGUCACAUGACCCGCGUGUAGCUGCGUCGCCUCGUCGCUUAGCAAAACAUGUCGAGACGGAGAGAAAGAAGUUAAACUGUUAUUGUUGAACCAAUAUGAACAAAUGAAUGAAAAAAGGUUGAGGGUGGUCCUUGGCUACAUGGCGGCAGAGGUGUAUCUUCUGUUGUGACAGAGGAGCAGAUGAGUAGCACAGUGAAUGGGGCCAUGCAUCCUUUUGGCUGUGAGGCUGACUCUUCCCUUCGCGACCUGUUUGAGUAUUUUAAGCGGUGCCUACAUCAUGGAGAGUGGGAGCUUGCAAGUGCCUGCGUGCCACAGCUGGUUAAUUCAGUGGGUGGACUUUCAAACAAUCUGCGAGACAUAAUCAAAGCUAUUGUCUGCCAUCCUUACAUCUUAAAAUGGGAGUCUGUGGGCAGUCCACACAUACUGGCAUGGUUUUGGCUUCAGGUCUUGGAGAAAUGGACAGAAGAGCAGGUUUCUCCCAAAGUCAAAACAGAGUUGGAGUUCCUGUUGCUCCUGGAGGAGCUGGUGUCAGAGGGCAUACCAGAGGCUUCUGUUAAGGACGUGCACCAAGCUUUCCUGGACAAGCAGUCUGAGCUAAAGACCCCACAGGUUUUGAGGACAGGAGCUGCUGUUGAGUGUUGCCUCAAAACCUUAUUGGAGAAAAAGAAGCCUAGACUGGCGCAGACUUUAGCACAUUUCUUGCAGGGUCAGUCGGGCGCAGAUGACUAUGGUCUGCAGCAUAUAUUCGUCCAACACUUGAUGAAGAAACUGAGAAAACCAAAGAUAGCGGAGGAGUGGGUGGAGGAAAUAUAUGCAGUGUUGGCUGUCAUGCCAUGGAGCUUUGACAGAAGCGAUGGGCAGUUUGAGGCAUUGUGUGAGGAACUGUGGGCAGCCAGACAUGGCCUUCUGAAAGAAGAGAGGGUCCUGAGCUCAUUGCUUCGUCCACGGUGUUACUCUCUCGUCUCUGUGUACUGCUCUACUGCCUGCAGGCUUCAGAGGGAUCAUCUACUGAGGAGCGCUCCUGUCACACAAGUGGACCUGCCUGAAGCAGAGAAACUGGCCUUGAGUUUAUGUUGCCAAAAUGAUCGUCCGUCUGUUUGGAAGACCAUUUAUUUUGAAUGCUUCAGUAGUGGAAAACACUUUCUCGACCAGGUCUUGGUCACUGCUCUUGACUUGAUCAAACAUGAGGAGUUCUCUCAGUUGAGAGACUUGCUGCGAUUGGAGUUCCAGCCAUUGUCUCGUCUCCUGUUACUUCUGGGGUGGACUCAGUGUCAGAGUCUGAAUUCAGCCCAGACAUUGCUCAGCAUCCUUCACUAUGAGCAGGCACCAGCCAAUGACUCUGUUCUACGGGAGUUUUCCAAUCUUUUGGCCUGUCAACUUGGAAUACUUGAUUGGUGUAAAAACAACAAUCCAAGAAUUUCCCGGGAAGCGCUGCUGGCACAGCUUCACACUCUGGACAAUCACUCAGCUCUCUAUGUUUUACAUUCACUGACUCCUCUGGCUCAGUUUGAAGAGCGCAAAAUACAAAACCUGCUGCAAAAAAGCCAACAAUCACCAGAAAAAGGAGACAUUGAGACGAUUGGGAAUCCAGCUGUACGACGGAACAUAGUUUUGUUCCAGGGAUUCUGUGCCAUGAAGUAUGCCAUUUAUGCACUCUGUGUAAAUGCACAUAAAUACUCAAAAUGCACAGAAUGUGAGCCUAUGCAGUUGCACCAACACCAGCAAUAUGAAGCAGAACUGGACCAAAGCCAAGCCUCAACUCCAACUGAAGGUCAUCAUUUGUUGUUCCAGCACUACCUGUCAGAAUGCAAGCUCUAUCUGGAGGCAGUGCCAGCCAUGUUCCGUCUGGAGCUCCUGGAGAACAUUUUCUCCCUUCUCUUCCUGUCCAGCACUGACUUUUCCCAGCAAAUCCAAAGAGACACAAACUCAAAUCUGAACACAGGGAAUGCCAUAGAGUCAGAAUCUUUAUCAAAUGCAAAAAAAGUAAAUGUGGCAUUGGGAAGCAAACCAGAGACCGAUGAGGCAGGGGAUAGCGAGAAACAGACCCAGAGUUCACCAACAGCAGGCCGGGGUAGCCACCUGGACCUGGGUCACUUCAUCCAGGGGUGCAGUGGGUUUGUGGUUGAUGUCUUGGCCAUGGAUGGUUUUUUGAAGCUGCUGAAAGAAGGGUUGGACACCCUGUGUGUGGUGGGCCGCCAGGAUAAUCAGGAGGCGGGGCAAGCUCUUCCCAGAGAGGUCGAGGUUGCAGAGUGUCUCGGCUGCUCAGUGACGGCGGAGACAUUUGGGGCUCGAAUGCAGCGGUUGUCCAAACACACUGCAGAAGCUCAGUGGAGGCUCCAGAUUAUCACCAGCAAUCAGGGCAGUUGCAGUGGUACAGACAAUUAUCUCCAGGUGUCAGCAGCCAGCAGUUUUGCUACUUCUUCAACACAGAACAGCAGCUCUACACCAAGCAGGAGGAGGAAGAGACCAGGAAAGCAUGUUCCAGAGAGACAGACCUCGACAGAGAGACUCAAUAAAGAUGUUGCCAGCAGUGCACAAGAUGGUGAAGGAGGGCCAGUUGGCUGUGUGGAGCUGGAUGCUGGUCCAUUUGGAGGGCCACAGAGUUGGCUUGUUCCUGCCAUGUUGGCCCCUCCAGAGUCUCUGCUCAUGUCCUGCAUACACAAAGGAAACUUCAUGGAGGCACAUCAGGUGUGUCAGGUGUUUGAUUUGGAGGCCUCAGCAUGUCGCGGAGAGCUGAUUUUCAUGGAGUGCUACAAAGAUGUGCUAGUGGAGCUGGAGCGGGUGGAGCAGAAAAUGGAAAGCCAGUCCAUGUCAUCAUCCUCAUCUUCAGAGGGCCUGGGUUCCACAGUUGGGCCUGGUACAGGAAGACGUCGACUGGGCAGCAGUGGGAGAUUCACCCUGCAAGCCAUCGGAAGUGCUGCUGCUGCUGGUGUGGCAUUCUACUCCAUCUCAGACAUAGCAGACCGUCUCCUCAGCACCUCUGUUCACCCAAUGCCCACACUGGAUGAAGGUUACUGGCUAAGCAACUGCAAUUCUGACUCUUCUGGCUUCCUUUGCAUGCUGCUGGAAGAGCUCAGCCCAGCAAGCAUGGCUGCCUUUGACUUGGCCUGCUGCCACUGUCACCUUUGGAAAACAUCCCGACAGCUGCUGGACACAGCUGAACGCAGACUUAGCAACAGUCUGGAGGUACAAGGAGUAAAGGUUGACCCUAAAGAGCCCCAUUCCAAAGGGAUCUGUGGAUUUCCCAUGGUACUGCAAACGAUCAGCAAGAUCUUGAAUCAUUCAUCCACUAGUAAGACCUCUGUCAAAACAGAACCUGUUGGUGAAGACCAAGUCUUGGCUAGUCCUUUUGGUUGCUGCAUCAAAGAAGUGCUGCUAUGUUGUCACCCAACACUAACUGAAGAGUGUAUUGGUGCUCGACUUGGUUUGGUCCAACGCUUAGAAAGCAUUCUGCACAUUCUGAGUACUGCUGGUGAUGAUGCAGAGGGUUGUGCGGGCAGUGCUCUGCUUGCACUCCUGGUAGAGCAAGCCAGUCUGAAGAAGAUGGAGCUUGAUACCCACCCCGUGCGUUCCAACAUGAAGCAGCUGAUUCGUUCCCUAGACCAGCUCUGCCCUUUUGAGCUAGAUGGAAACAAUGCAAGACCAGACUACGUGCGCAGUUUCCUCGACUAUGUCAACACAUUAGCAUCUGUGCUGGUGUGCAGCCUUGGUUCAGAGGACAAGAGCAGUGAUGUUAAACUGGGAAAUCCACUACUGGUGUUGCUUCAAUCCCCUUUUCAGCUUCUCUCCCACCUGCUGUUUGACAGACAGGUGUCUCCACAGAGGUUGUGCUCACUGCUGCAGCAGGAAGGUCUACGAAUAAGUGUGCAACAGGUGAUUGUCCAACGAUGCUGUGAGACUUUGCUUCUGUGGCUCUCCGGUCCAGGUGUUGAGAGACUGAACAGUCCAUCUAAGAAAGAAGAUGGAGUGUUUGUUGUUGCCAGUUGGUCUGCCUUGCUCCACCAACAUACCCGGGUGAACACAGAAACCUUGGGCGUCACUGAGCCUCAGUCUGAUGCUUGCCCUGAGACAAAAGCUUUAACAGAAGACCUCUCUGCUGCUUCUGCAAACCCCUCCAUCUCUCCACCUUCUCUGUCAUCCUCUUCCUCAAACUCUUUUCUCCUCACAUCAUCAGCCUUGUCUUUUCUGAAGUCUCAUUGCCCUUUAGUGGCUGUGCUUGCAUGUCUAAGUGCCUGCAAAGGAGAAGCUGUCCGGACGCAACCCUCCGGAUGGUCAGGGUAUUUCCGCAGUAUCCGUAAAGAUGUUGUGCUAGAUGGAGAGCAGCUCUCUCUUGAAGCUGAUGGUUUGCUGAAGGAGUUCCCUAUACUCUGGGCCUAUCUUCACAGCAUGGCUGAACCAGUAAUGGGUACCCAGUCACAUGAUGGUGAAGAGGGUACUCUUGCACUCGGGGCAGCUAUCUGUGGAAAGCCCCUGGUCAGUCUGCUACUGUCUGGGCCUCAUGAGGAAGCUUCUCAAGCUGUGGUGUCUGAAGCCUUCCAGCAGGCCCUUACCUCCAGGGACCUGAAUCAAGCGCUAAGCCUGUUGGAGCUGUACGGACAAGGCUUCAGCCAGGAUGGGGUGCUAAGAGAUCGUUUACUUGCUUGUGCUGCUUUAGAAGACAAGAGCAGUAUAGGCCACCUUUUCCGUGUAAAAGAUGCUAAUUUACGAGCCCGUGUUGCUCUCCAGGCCCUGGACCACUGGCCUCUGUCAGGCUGUCUGGAGCUUCUUGAGUUCUGCCUCAAUGACUCGAGCACAGAGCUGUCACUGAGAGCAGACCUGGAACUCAAGAAGAAUGAACUGGACAUCUACUGUAGGAUGUUGGAUUUACAACCUUCCUUGCCCUGGACAACUUGGCAGGAGCUCAGGACCAAAUCUCAGACGGACUCUGAGCUCAUAUUAGCUAUGCUGCUUGAGGCGAGGGAGUUUAUCCUUUGUGAGCAGUGGGUGGCGCUCUAUCCUGUAUCUGAUCAGCUCAGACUACAGCUGCAGACUGAGCAUUUGCUUCAUCUGCUGGAGGAGGGACAGACAGAUGAGGCUUUUGAGUUGCUUGAGAGCCUGUCAGAUUUCACAAUAGGCCUGGAUGUUUGUGAGCGAGCCCUGGACCACCGCCCUGGAUUGGCUGCAUGCCACUUUCUGGCUGACUACCUCACUCUCCAUUUCCAGAGGCAGGUGUCACUAGCGCGCCGUCAGCAAAUCCAUGCUCUUCAUCUGGGUUCUAAGGUCUUGCUGACUCUGCCUCCUGUGGCACGAAAGGACUACUUUUCCCUGCUGUCAGAGCCUCUACUGAUGCUGGAACAGUUGUUGAUGAACCUGAAAGUGGACUGGGCAGCCGUGGUGGUGCAAACUCUGCGGAGCCUUCUAAUUGGCCAGGAAGUGGGAUUCAGUGUUGAAGACAUUGAUAAGCUUCUGUCAGAUUAUGCGUACAAAGCACUUGACUUCUCGUGCGCUCCCAGAGAGAGAUCCCGGUCUGACUCUGUAAUCAGCCUUCAGGAGGCACUGAUGCAGUUGCCCAUUCAAGACUCAUCCUCUAUAUCAUCCAGCCGAAUGGAAUCUCCAGUGUCCUCCACAGCCAGCACACCCUCAUCGGACAGCACAGAGAGAGAGAGGGACCGAGGCUCAACGGGGAGAAAAUCCUGCACCCCCACCAAGUUUCAGCCUCCAGAGCAACCGCCAGCCCGUAAAGACUGGGUCCCUGAUGCACAACACCAUGUGUGCAUGGUCUGCAGGCGUGAGAGGUUCACCAUGUUGAACAGACGGCACCAUUGUCGGACAUGUGGCCGUCUGGUGUGUCAGGCUUGCUCAGAGAAGAAGAUGGUUGUGGAGCAAUGCAAUGGGGAAGAAGUCAGAGUCUGUGAUCAGUGUUAUGCCUACUUUCAAAAAGAUUCUGAUGAUGAAACAGACUCAGCUGAAGUUGCUGGUGGUCCUGCAGGUGCAAACGCUGACUUAGAUGGGAUGUUGCAUCUGCCUGAAGUCACCCAGCAGCAGAUAAAACUCACCAUGAACCCUGCAGAGAACCAUCUCCUGCGUAGCGAGUUUUACUAUCAACAGGCUCCCAGUGCGUACUUGUGCGCUGCCAUCUUGUCUCUGCACAGUGACCAAACAGUCUGUGGACAUCAGCUCAUCACUCAUUGCCGGUCCUUAUCUCGAAAGCUGACCAAUCCAGAAGUGGAUGCCUGCCUCCUCGCGGAUGUCAUGCGGCAACUGCUAUUCAGUGCCAAACUGAUGUUUGUUAAAGUUGGUCGCAGCCAGGAUCUUGCGUUGUGUGACAGCUACAUCAGCAAAGUAGAUGUCCUUAAGAUUCUAGUGACGGCCAAUUACAAGUAUAUUCCCUCUCUGGAUGACAUUCUGGAAACGUCUGCAGUCACACGCCUACGUAACGAGUUGUUGGAGUUGGAAUACUACCAGCUGGCAGUAGAGGUGUCAACGAAAAGUGGUCUGGACCCUGGUGGUGUGUGGCGUGCUUGGGGCAUGGCCUCACUGAAGGCAGGUAACCUUUCAGCGGCUCGAGAGAAGUUUGCACGCUGUCUGAAACCCCCAGUUGAUCAGAACCAGCUCAACUUGGGGCCUUCUUUGUUGCAAGAGAUUAUCCAGCACCUGGAGAUCGUUGUUCAUCCUACCCUGGCCAUGUCACGUGGUGAAGAUGUCUUGGCAUCAUUGUGGGAACUAGAGGAGGCCCUACGCGAAGCUGCUCCUGCAGAGCGGCAAGAAGGAGAGACCCAGAGCAGCAGCCUCCAUCAGGAGUGUCUCUACUACCUCAACACAUAUGGCACUCAGCUGGCUCUAGUCAGCUUCUACAUUCGUCACGGCUACAUGACUGAAGCCCUCACAUACAUUCUAAACAAGGACUGCCCAGACGAGGUGUUUCUAGAAGGAGUGUUGCAGCCCUGUCUGGAACGGGGUCAUCUGAUUUUGAUGCAGGAAAUCCUCGAGACUCUGGACCCUGGAUUAGAAACAAGCAGCCGCUACCUCAUUGCCUCCUGCCAAUUAUUACAGCGGCGGGGUUAUUACCACACUCUCUACCAUCUCCAGCAAUUCAUGAUGGAUCAUGUGCGCGCAGCCAUGACGUGCAUCCGAUUCUUCACACAUGGAGCAAGUUCGUACUUGCAGCUGGGAGAGCAGCAGCACUGGUUGGUCAAAGCCAAAGAGCACCUGAGGACAUACCUACAGGAGCAGCAAGGCAGAGCAGCUGGAAGGAAAAAAUCUCUAACCAGCUCAUGUCGGAAGAUGAUGUCAUCCAAUGACGUGUCCAGGCACAUGAACACAAUUGAACUUCAGCUAGAGGUGACCCGCUUCCUCCAUCGCUGUGAGACUGCAGCCUCUUCCAAGACUCUGCAGACAAAUAUACCAUCAUCUGGAUCCAGAUCUCCACCUACACUGUUUGGAGGAAGCCUCAUGAAGAUUGAGGUUGCUUGCAAGGUGAUGCUUGGAGGGAAAAACAUAGAAGAGGGGUUUGGCAUUGCGUACAGAGUCAUACAGGACUUCCAGCUUGAGGCCCAGGCCAUCUACAUGCGUGCUGGUCAGAGGCUUGUCCGACAGAGGCAUUAUGGGGCGGUCCGUCAGUUGCUCAAAUGUGUGAGUGAAUCGGGCAGUGCAACCAGAAAUGACUGUGACUCUCUCAUCCUCAGCUGUGUCUCCAGUGCGGAAAAAAUUCCAGCUGAUGCAAAGGAGUUGGAGAGUCUCAUUCUGGAAACCAAAAGCACAGAAAACAAGAUCAAAGCCUACCUGCUGUGCAGUAAACUGAGGCCUGCGUAUCUGCUAGCGGUGAAGCUAGAGCCGAGCCGGGCCGGCCCGUUUGUGCAGGACGUCCUUCAGGCUGCUGAGGGGGCACAGGACUCAGUGAUGCAGAACAUCUGUCGCCAGUGGUUGUUUGAACACCUCAACAAGUCACCUCAGCAGCGUCAGAGCCGACCCAAUGCCAGGUAAAGACAGAGAAAACCGAAUGAGAGACUGAAAACCACAUGAGGAGCAAAUGAUCUGGAGAACAAGAGACUUUAGGUUUUCUGUGUUGCUCAGAUCCAGCCGUGUGUAGGUGGAUGAGCAAACACAUUAUGUAAAGAGCAGCUGUUGCACACACUUGUUGUGAUAUUUGCUGCCUUUGCAACAAAAUGUACCUCAUAAUAGAUGUACAGAAUUUCACAUCAACCAUUUCCAGUCUCUUAGACAACUAUGAUAAUACAUGGGUGGUUUUCAUUUGGUACAUCAACUUUUUGGUCAAUCUAACCAUUUUUGACACAUCUUCACAGCCACCAAGAUGACUCCGUCUCCAGUGUGUCAUGCUAACCCUUUAGCACACAUUGUGCAGCUCAAAAAAAUUUCCCUCAUGUCAAGUAGAAGCACAUUUUUUUAAAUGUCUUGUGUGAAAUGGCUUUUAGAUUUACAAAUGUGCAGAUGAAUUAUUUUCAUCACAACAGAUCUGAUAUCCACUGCACAGUGAGUUUUUACUUCUCUACACCAGGGGCAUGUUGCACACCAGUAUGACUUUAGCCUUUUAAUUCUUACCAUUUAUGAAUACACAAGUAUCUAGACAGUGACACAAUUUUUGUGAUUUUCCUUCUGUACACCACCACAAUGAAGUUGAAAUGCAACAAUCAAGUUGUUUUGGUAGUGCCUUUCUUUCAGGUUUAAUUCAAGCAGUUUAAUAAAAUAUUGCAUUAAUAAUUUAGGAAUUACAGCCAUUCAUACACACAGUACCUCCAUUAUCAGAGGCUAUGAGCCAGAGGUGGGACAAAGUCACCAGCAAGUCACUCUCAAGUCAUGAAUAUGCAACUCACAAGUCUCAAAUCAUAAUGACCACCAAUUGUUUUCAAGCUGACUUGAGACUUGCCGAUUCAUGACAUGACUUGAGAGUGAUUUAGUCCCACCUCUGCUAUGAGUUCCUUUAUUCUCUGAAGCUGCUUAUUCUAGUUAAGGGUCAUAGGGGGCUGGAACCUAUCCCGGUAGUCAUUGGGGAGAGGUGGGGUCCACCCUGGACAGGCUGCCAAUCCAUCGCAGGGCCAACAUAUAAACAAACACAUUCACACUCUACAAUCAUCAAGGAGCCAGAAGGAAUUGGAGAAACUAAAAUGCUUUCUUUAGUCAAGUCAGGUUAUGGAUACGUGAACAUUUCAGUCACUGAAUAUGUCUUGGACUUCCUUUAUGUCAGUCAUUAUAAAAUACACACUGUUAUAUCUGGAGUUGGUAGUUCUCAGAAACUGAAUGUGCAAGAAGGAGAUGAGUGAGGGAAGCCACCAAGACAUAUAUAACAACUUUGAAGCUGUCUUCUGUGGGUAUGACUGGAGAGACUGGGGAUAGUGCAACUUUUGUCUGUUGUAUCACAGCGUUAUGGUGGAGUUGUGCAAAGGAUGUUCAUUUAAAAAAAAAAAAAUCUUAGCUACUUUCCCAUGUGUCUUCUGGCAGACUAGCUGAAAUUUCAUGUCUUUUUCAGAAAAUCCAUAUUUGUUCCACACCAUCUCAAAGCUGAUGUGUUCAGUGACUUGGGAAUGUUUGUGUAUCCAUCCACUGACAUGUCAAGUGAAAACCUGUUGUAAAAACAACCUGCUUUUUUUUUGUACAAUUACUUAUGGCCUGAGAAAUUUAAGUGGUCUGUUUCUAGCUGCCUAAUUACUAAACUAUUGUAAUAUUUUUGUUGAACCUCUUCCUUUAAAUCUGAAACUCUGCACUACAGCUACAACACAUCUUAAUUAUUUCAUUCUAACUCCAUCAUGAUGGUGUACAGAAGUGCGUUUAGAAAAACACUUGUGGGCCCAACUGUACAUAAAAAGGUAAGUUGGCCACAUUUAGUAUUUAUUACAUUGUUGUCUUUUGGGUGAUGAUCAGGUCUUGCUGUUGCUCAUGAGUCUGAUGUAUGCAGAAGAGUUUGCAUGAGGCACUGGAGUCCUCGUCAGUCAGUCAGUCAGCCAGAUGGAAAUUGAGUCUUAUGGAAGACUUGAAAACUUGUGGAAUUUGAAAUUAGAGCGGUCUACCCACCCUGGGGAUCGCUGUUUUUGCAUUUGUUGUGUGGCAUGAUGAACCACCAUUGUGGUAUAUGGAAAUAUUUUCAAGUUCUCUACCUUGACAGGAAACAGUGUCGUCACAUUGGAAUAACAACCAGUAAAUAAAUGGGGAAUUGUAGCGUGUAUAGCUAAUGUAGCUCCUAAACCAUUUACAGCAUGUUUUUCAAUUUGAAUGACUAAAUUUUCACAUCUGUAAUGAAAUGUAUUUGGUCCACAUCAAAUAAAAAAAAUUGUAGUUAUAUUUUAAUUGGAUUGGUGACUGUGAGCUUUACAUCAGUACUGAACCUCUUCUGUUAUCAGACGCAUUAAAACAAAGCCUCUUGGGCUACUUAUUCUUCUUACUAGUGUUGUCAUAAUAUUAAUAUCCCAUAUUUCGGUUAAUUUCCUUCCUUCACAGUCUUGACAAACCAUAUGCAUUGCUUUUUUCUUGGUAGGGUAGUGUUUUACUUUAAUGUCAUAUUCAUGAUCACUCAGUCCAGUGGUUUGGUCACUUUGCUUUUACACCAAAAAUUCAGCAGAGUUCACUUCCAGAUCAGACUGCUUUGGUUCAGUCAGGUCAGAAAACACCUUGAAUUCUUCUCUACCUCAGCCACAAAGGGAGUCAUAUUUAAUGGCCCAUGAAGGCCCUCACACAUUCAUCACUUGUAAAUCAUUUAUUUUAUGCCUUUAUAUUCUUUGUGUUUGGAUGAGAGUCAACUUGGACAAAAAACUGUGAUGCCAUAAAACAAAAGUCAUUCACAAAGAAAACUGCGUAAAAGUUAGAGUAAUUAAGUUUUUUUUUGUUUUGUUUUUUGUUUUUGCCUGAGGCUGUGUAGCACAUUUCCUGGACAGUAAACAGUUUCCUUUUGAAUAUCAAAUCCAGUAUAAAAUCUUCCAGAGCAUUCAGUAUAAUGUGAAGAAAUUCACAGAACGGAAAUUAGAUGGAUGUAGAAAGGGACCAACUGGUUGAUUAGAAUAAGAGCAGUUUAUGCUAGAUUCAUGAAAAUCAGGUUCGUCUCAUUUUGGUUUGUGUAAAGGCCACAGUUAAUGAUUAUUCAUGUUUGUAUUUUAACAUAUCUGUAGGUUUUCGUUUUUGUUUUUGGCCCCCCUCAUAGGUAAAUUUACCUACACAUGUGAACUUCUGCCUUCUGUAAUGAUUUAACAGCACAUUUGGCCUUUCAAAUGCUACAAAAGGGAUUGUUUUAUCUUUUAAUGUGGACUUUUUUGUUUAACUUCAUAAAGAAUCUGUUAAAUUUCAGGCAGUAGAGAAAAUGUAGCCAACACGUGACAGAUUUUUACUUGACUUCCAUCACUUGUUACUAAAGCUGCUUUCUCAAAGGAAACAUCUGUUAACAGGAUGCGGUAAAAA